AUGCACCAGGAUGGCUACUACCCUCGGCCUUCUCUACUUGUGAAUGGUUCGUUGGAUCAGGAACCUCAAAGGCAGCUCCCAGAUAUGCCUCCUCGAGGUGGUGACGGGCUGCCACUGCUUGCUGCCAUCAUCGCGGCCUUUGUCCUGCUGGCGAUCUGCAUUGUGCUGGCGGUUCACUUUGGGCCUGCGCUGCAUCAGGGCCAGGCUACUCUCCUCGCAGAGCCACCAGCCCUAAAGCCAGAGAAUGGCAUUUACCUCAUCCACUGGCAGCUACUGAGCCUAGAGGACAGUCACAGAGAAAGCCAGCAGGGACUUCUUAUUCCUCACUCUGGCCCUGCCCUGGAUAGGCACAGGCCCAGCAUCGAAGAAAUCACGUAUCUGUAG